CCCACUCUAGGUUGGAUUAAAUCCAAAAUUAUCGUAAUAGACCUCCCUUAGUCGACCUUUGAUGAAUUGGGCUUUCAACUGCACAAAAAAAUGAAAACUUUCCAGAAAUGUCCUUGCGUGUCCCACGGAAAAGUAUGUCUAUUUACAGAGUAUUGGUGUGGUAUUGUUAUUGACCUCAAGUCCGUGAAUGCUGGAAUAUAAAUCACGUAUCACGAGAGCAAGGCAAAUAUUCAAGACAUUUUUACACCGAUGACAACUGUGCAGUAUUGACUGGUGGGUGUUUCAUGGUUUAAUUCACUGCCUCUUUAUUCAAAAUUUCUGUUCACAUGUAACUCAUUGGCAGGCAACAGAAAACUGUAAAUAGUUGGAAUAAAUAGAACUUGCAAGGAUUUAAUUUGUCUUGAUCCUCGAGACUGUACGAACCAGUUUGUGACUAGAUCCUUGUCCGCGCCAAGAAGCUGCAUUUGAAAUCUUAAUUGCUGCACACGGCGUACAACGCACUCCAUAGCUUACACCAGGAAUUCAAGAUGGCGGGCUUUCUGAAUCAUUACCCACCGUACCCAGUCAACGGUCUAAACAUGCCUCCGCGGACCGCGGACAUGUUUUCUCCUAUGGUCGCUCCGCCGUAUGGUUAUCCAAGAAAACAGAGAAGAGAGAGGACCACAUUUACUAAGGCUCAACUUGAAAUUUUGGAAGAACUAUUCUCAAAGACAAAGUACCCUGAUAUCUUCAUGAGAGAAGAAGUUGCCAUGAAAAUAAACCUACCAGAAUCAAGAGUGCAGGUGUGGUUUAAAAACCGACGCGCCAAAGUACGACAACAGAGCAAAGGGGAACCCAAACCUAAACCCAAGCCAAAAACGCCAACUGUAAGCAAAGAUUCCUCACAGGCGGGCCCAUCGCCAUGCAGGUACGCCAGCUGCAGUGGGAAUAUCUGGAGCCCUGCGCACGACUCUGUAAGGCCAAUGCCCACGUACCCAUCCCACGCCGUCAUUAACAACAGCAUGGCAAUGUCUACUGCAAAUCCAUCCUUCAUGCCCCCACCACCACCCCCUCCGUAUUACUGCUCAAGUCCAAACGGUGGAUCCUACAUGCCUUUAGAGCAUGCGCAUAUGCAUCCGAUGGCACCAAGAUAAAGCUCUAGUCAUACGUCUUAGAGAUCGUUUCAAAGGGCACAAAACCCCGUGUAGGCAGGAAACAAGUAUAAAGCAGAAGAAAAAAAGAACUACGUUAACAUACCAGGUUUUUGAUAAAACCAAUUAGUUUAGAUAAAUAGCUUAUUCUGGAAUACAAUUCCUUGACAGUAAUCCUUGCAUUGUCUUAAAGAAAAGGAAAACUUGUUUACCAUAUAAUAAGAUUCGAAUGGCAGAGUAUCGAUUCUUCCGAAACGCAUUUAGGGAUCAUCAUGCUAGCUUUAUUUUUGGAAUCCUCUAAAAGGUUCGUUUUAAUGAAACUAAACCUGUUUUUCUUUAGAAUUAGUACGCAAAACCUUUUAGGAUUUGAUGAAAGUCUUUCUGUGAGGUAGAGCAUUAUGUGGAGAAAAUAAGAACGCUCGUUCAUGUUUGAACCGCAAGAAUGCAGAGUCCGUUGCCUUGUUGCACGAAUGUUUAGAAAAUAAGCUCUAACGAGUUGUUGUUUACGGGCUAAAAGCGAUAUAUUUCCUAAAUUUUGUCUAAAAGCAGACCACAGUGUGGGUUACAGCUUCUCGGUUGUUUUCGUUUAGUGAAGUGUCUGGUGUUACUUUACGUGAGUUUUUGAAUAGAUUCAACCCAGUGGACUUUUUAAGCCGGACCAUUCGACGCUAGAAGUUUCCGGCUUUAGUACGAGGCAGUUAUUUGAAAUUGUACCUUGUUGUUCAAUGAUCAUUGCUGUCGAAACUGACUCUGUUCUGUUCUUUUAACCUCUCAGUCCAAGGUUUAACGUUCAGUCUUCUUUUCAGAGUAAUACUUGUUUUUUGUUCCUUGACUCUAAGCUUUAGAUGUGGGAUACUUGCUCAGCAGCUUUUAAUAGUUUUUAAAUUAGAAACCUAUGCAGCUUGUUGGGUAGUUUUGCAUAAGAUUUCUUCCUUUUGAAUAGUCACACACUUUGAUUUCAAAUGCAGAUCAUAAAGUUUAACAAGCAUCAUUCAACAGCCGAAUAGUAUGAAAUGCUUUCUUCGAUUUUUAACUGAAUGCUGUUUUGUCUUGUUUUUUUUUUGUUUUUGUUGUUGUUCAUUUUAACUGGAUUUUCACACCUUUCGUUCAAUGCUCGCAUUCCACCUAAAAGAUGGAAUGCGAGACCGGCAAAUAAUAAAUAUGCAUUUGCAUAUUUACUUACAAACCUUUUUUUGUUAUUUUCAGUGACAUCACAAACUCGGUAAAAUAUUUACUAUCACCAAGAGGUAAUAAACUCUUGCUAUUACAGAACGAAUACACGUCACUCUACAUCUUUUACUUAUUUAGCUAAUUUCGAUUGCUUCACUUCACAGUGUUUUACAUGAGGCCUUCUCAAACUAGGGCUUUACAGAAUGUUACUAUAAAUAGAAACAUUUAAGCCUAAACUUCAUAUAAUAUAUUGUUGAUAGAGUCUUCGAUCUCUACUAACGUGUAAAUAGUUAAUAAAAUGGUAAUGUUAUAUAUGAAUAGAUAAGGAAGCUGUAUUGUGAUGCGAAUUUAAUCUCAUGAUAAAGUGUAAAAAUAAUUUUAGGACCAAACUAGUCUAGAUUAUUCCUUUUAGCUCUGAUCGGAGUACACGCUACUGAAAUUGUCAUCUUGUGCAAGUCUAUAUAAAUAUUUGUUAGUAAGUUUAAAUUUCUUGAGGCUCAGCGAGAAAAGGGGCUACUGGGUCAUCUUAACCAAAGAAAAUGUUGCUUUAUUUGAUAUAAAAUCGUUUAAUAUAUGUAAUGAUUGUAUAGUAAAUAAAACAUAUGGAUGGAAUUCAAGGGAGCUUGAAAUGCAUAAAUAAAUUAUAUUAGAAAAUAAAUCACCUCUUGUCUUAUUUUUGUCGGAAAUCACAUUGUAUGCCUAACUUAUCACUUCCAAGUUUUUUUCUUGCCUUGUGGCGUUUGCCUAUUCUAAGUUUCUCAUGCAACGCACCCAUUGGUUUCAGAUAAUUCUCUGUUAUUCCUUUUUGGUUCAAGUUACCGGCGUUUUUUACUUUUCACCAGUUUAUAAUUUCCUCUUCAUUAUUAGUUUCAAAGAAGUAAAACGUUUAGUCAAAUACUGUUUUUGAUCUAGAGGAUGAGGCCGAGAAUGAGGAAUGGAGAAAUGAAAAGGCUUGAAAAUUCUGCUUUGAGUAGAAUAGAAUAACAUUUGCAAAAAUUCACAUCACAUUUCUUGACUGAUUUAAAAUAAUCCAUUUAAAUGGAUACUUUCCUCUAUUGUGAUAAUGUAAUGCUAUUAAGACAUGAUUUAAGUUAGUUUAUUGGAUAAGGCAGUACACUGUAAAGCAAAGUUUGAAGAGCAGCAUAAAUAGACAAAAAUCUCUUA